GGAGAGGUCCCUGGUGAGGGUGCAUUGAAGACUUUUUCAUCGGACUCGGGCUGACUAGGCUUCGGUUCCAAAAGGAGAAGCUUCAGGCAACCAAAGAUAAAGAGGACACCCGAGCCGCCGAACUCUCCCAGUUCCAGAGUAGGAAUAUCUGCAAUCACCUGAUCGUCACCGGCACCGGCACCGGGCAGCGAAAGACCGAAAACGGGAAUGGGAGGAGCCAAUUCCAGCGAGGCGGUGGAUAUAUCCUCGAACUCCGCAUUAUUCAAUAAUCAAGAACUCAAGGCACUUAAGUCUGCUUAUGAAUCGGGUGGGAUGAAAAACGUUGCAAUUCUGAUCCAGCAGAAGUUUAAAAUGUUGGAGGGCACCAAGCUUCACAUCGCAGUGACAGGAGAAUCGGGUACAGGGAAAUCCAGUUUCAUUAACUCUAUGAGAGGGCUAAGGAGGUCUGACGAGGGCGCGGCUGAAACUGGGAAUAUAGAAACCACAAUGCAACGCACCGAAUACAAGCAUCCCAGCUUCCCGAAUGUUUCCUUCUGGGACUUGCCGGGUGUUGGAACAAUUACAUUUCCAAUGGAUGAAUAUCCGACUAAAAUGAAAUUUGAAGAAUACGACUUUUUUAUCAUUAUCUCAGGAAAUCGAUUCACUAAAAAUGAUGCCAAUCUCGCCGAGGAGGUUAAAAAAAUGGGGAAGAAUUUCUACUUUGUUCGAUCACAAAUCGACAACGACCUUCGUGCUCAUCAACACAACUGUGAUGAGGCUGAUUGCAAGGCAGAACUGGUCAAGAUCAGAAAUUACUGCAUUAAAUGUUUAAAAGAAGCAGGCAUUUUACAACCAAAAGUUUUCCUGGUGUCAAGCUUUCAAGUGAAUGAAUUCGAUUUUCCAAAAUUGAUGGAAACUCUUGCAAACAACCUAGAUAAUGUAAAACGAGACCUUUUACUGAUAUCGCUUCAAAGCACAACAGAGAAUAUUCUGGAGUGCAAAAGAGAUCAGCUGAAGAAACGAAUCUGGAUGUUGGCAGCAACUGCAGGAAUAGUAGGAAUAAUGCCAAUUCCUGGAAUGGACAUUGACUGUAACCUUGGGAUACUCGUCACAGCAAUUGUGGAAUUCCGUAAAUGUCUGGGCCUGGAUGCUGCCUCUAUUCAAAGUCUAGCCGAUGCGACCGAGAAUCCUGUGAGUGUUCUGAGUGCAGAAGUAAAUACCCAUCUCGCGGGUGAAAUAGACAUUGAAUUUGUAAAAAACAAGUUGCAGAAUACCAAGUUACAAUCUGCGGUGGCCGUUGCUAGAUUCAUACCAGUCCUUGGUUCCAUGUUUGCGGCUGGAUCAUCAUUUGCAAUGAUUUACAAGCUGCUGAACGAUGUACUGGAUGAGCUUGUGGAGAAUGCACGGGGUGUGAUGAAGAUUGCUUUUAAAUCUCCUUAAAAUUAUGCACAUUGAACGAAUGACCCAUCGAGUUCUUGUAAAUCAUUAGAAAUUCAAGAAAAAAAGAGAAAUGUGAUCCCCCACAUUUUCAGGACAUCCCAAAUUAUUUCGCAGCUGAUGAAAUAUUCUGAAGCUCAUUCGCUGUUGUAACCUUGGCAGCCACUGCAGGAAGAUUGUACACAAUAAGCCGCUAGAGAAUAGCCGAUAAGGUAGAUGACCAGAGGAACUACUUCUCAUAAAUGUUAGCGAAAACACUGGAAGCUUGUCCCUGCCUUACUUCUAAUGGAACAGAGCCUCCGUUCAUCAGUCAGGUGAAGGGAGCCACAACAUUUGAUAAUGGAGGCCCCAUGCGUUUUUCCCUCAGUGUGAGCAUGCGCGAUGGGCUCAGAUUUCUGGAACUGCAGACAUUUUGCAACAAACAUUACUUGUUUCCCCUCCAUUUCUUUCUACGAAUUUUAUUCUCUUACUGAUUUCUUUCGUUAUUCCCAGUCAGUUACGCAACUGGCUCUUCAGCUGACGGGAGCUUUAAUUAUAGUCAACAUUUUCUUGCAAUAAGGAGAUCUUCAUUUGGGCAAUUUUGGAAUUGGAAAGAUCCUACAAGUCAUUAUGCAGUUUUCUCUGGCUAUUGGUUGACCUCGCCUUGAUUUGGGGCAAAUGAAAGCCACAGUACAUCUCACUGGACUCAAAUUUUAUUCCACCCACUGCAGGGCAGGUGCCAUGAUGCUUGAGCUUCAAUGUAAAUGUCUCGUUUCCCUGCAUUGAUCCUGUCCGAAGAUGAACUAGAAAUCUUAACAACACAGUCGUGAAAGGAGGGAGCGGGAGCCGGAGUUUACUGACACUUUCAUUCCAACUGACAUAGUGUCAAGAUAUUUACUAAAUAUGUUGGACAAUGUAACACAACGAAAUUUUCACUCUUGGAAACGAAACUGCUUUUAACUCCUUGAAUAAGAUCAUUCGACGAUAGAAUCUAUGGCAGUUAGCAGAACAAUCCAAUUCACCAUCGAUUUUCCCUGCAAACAAUUCUCUCAAUAUGUAAGUUAACUCUCUCCCACCAGCUCACUCCCAGAGAUCUAUCGCUCAACUAUUCGGUAGCUAUCUACAGUGAUCGUAAAUGAUCAAAGCACAUGUAUUUGGGGUAUAAGAGGAAACUGAAACACCAGGUGAAUGUUGUACAGUAACAAGGAGAGCAGGCAAACAACAGUAGAGGCCCAAGUUAUCAUCGGUACAUUCACUGAAACAUUCUAGAGAAUGGGCCUUAAAAAAUCUUCGAAAGACAUGUCAUCUGUCAACCUGCUUCCGUUGUACAACAAUGUUUUCUGAUAACACAGAUCCAUGAAGAAAGUUCGAUAAAAUGGACCAACUUAUAUGUCUUCGGAGAUCCCUUUCUGAGAAGGCAGACGUUGAUGACAAAGUUCUGAAUGACCUUCAGAUCCUUCAUUUGAGGUAAAAGGCAUUUGAUGCCGAAUAUCUCCGCUCUUGGUAACAAAGCAUAUAGUGUAUCCGCCAGGGGCGAUUUUAGCCCUUCAAUACAUAUCUCAUGAAAAUCAACCGAAGAUGUCGCCAUAAAACUCGGCAAAACAUGGCAAGGAGAAGCCAAUUGACAUCAAAGUCUUCUCUCAGGUCAGCAUCCCCAGUAUUGAGGCCUCAUUUGCUCCAGGUUGGCUGAACUGGGCAGACCAUGUCACUCAGUGAUGUGCAAGCCUGACACCAGAGUUCCGAAACAGAUAAUUUGCACUGAAUUCUGUCACAGUAAAAGAAAAGAGGAAACAUAUUAAGAAAUUUGUCCAAAUGUCUUUGAAGAAGGUUAACAUCCCCAAUGAUUUACGGGAAUCUCUGGCUCAUAACAAAAGUGGAGGGUAUCUAGGUUGGUAAUAGUUACCUCGAGGCCAUGCACCGAGAGCACAGAGAAGCCCAGUGUAAGUAGUGGAAGGAGAGUACUACCCCACAAACAGGCCACUUGCCCGAUCAGUCACCCCCCGCUCAUAUAGGGUAGAGUCUACGGGUCCCACAUCGGCUUCAACAGACACAGACAACAGUAGAAGCAAGUUCUCCAAAACGCAGAGCAACCAGCAAACAAGAAACUGCACGUAUCUAACAAUUUCCAUUGGUUAAAUGUCCCAAAGUAAUUUGAAAAUUAGCCACUAUUGUAACUUGGACCAGCACUAUGCAUUGUGAACUAAUGUUAUGGAGUCUACCAUACUGAAAACUAAACGUGGAUGACAGUGGUGCCUAACCCCGAGAGAGGGCUAGAUUAUACGUCCGAAUCAGUCAAGGCCACUCACGGGAAGUGCUGUAUUUUAACCUCACAUAAUCAAACGCAUUAAUUCGAGUCACAUACAGACGGAUACGCAUUAUAAAGUUUAUUACCAGUCCAGUUAAUGUUUAGUUUCCUUCCAUAACUGUAGCACGUCAUUAAUGUUUCCGUGAUUUAAAAUGCAGUGAACCAAGUCUGCUUGAUUUCUUAGUUUAACCACAGAAUUUACAUGAAAUUUUCAGACUUUUGUAAAGUCUCGCCAGUCCUUUAGACGCAGUAAAAGACUGGUGUCUUGAUCCGGCUAACAUCUCAUCACGGAUUGUACAAUCUCCUCUGCUUUUGCAAACUAAAUCCUCCGUUAUAAUGUAGACUUGUUUAUCUGGCAUCGUUUUUUUUUCAUUUCUGUGACGUCUUCGCCAGAUUUCUCUCCAGGCUAUAUUUCCCACUUCUGAUCGCUGGUGGAAAUGUGCAAUAAAAACAGAAAACGGGGAAAAUUCUAUUCAGGUUCGGCAGCGUUUGUGAGAGAGAAAAACACAUAUAUUGUUUCACAGCAUUUACCCUCUGAUGAAGUGAUAUCGAUCUGAAGAAAUCGCCCUGUUUCCCAUCAACAGAAGCUGACUGACCUCGUGAGCUUUUCCGGCAUGCUCUGUUUUACUGCACCUUGACCUUAUUAAACACAGUCCUAUGAGUUUACAUGCAAGUUGAAAGAGAAGAUAUUAACCAUCGUAUAUACGAGGUGAUGCUAGUGAAACUUAACCAAUUCCAUCAAUAAGGUUUAAAGGGUGUAACUUCUAUCAGUGAUGAAGUAGGACAAGUCACCUACCACGUCCUCACCGACCAUAGUGGGGGCAGCAAAGUGAACCAGACACAAGCGCCUAGCAGCUUGAUGAUUUAUCUGCAACUUUCUCUAUUUCAACGUCCCUGACAUUGACCGGGAAGACAUAAUACUGAGGGAUUAUGUGGUGCAGAAUUUGUUAAGUGUGUCCAGGAUAGUUUUCUGAAGCAAUAUGUAAAUGGCCCUACUGGAGAAGGGAUUGCACUCCAUCUCCUCUCAGGGAAUGGGACUGAACAAGUACUUAACUUGUCGGCGGGGGAGCUCUUUUAGUACCAGUGGACAUAAUUCCAUUGGUCUUAAAAUACUAAUGGAAAAAGAUAGGGCUUGUACACAAGUUAAAGUCCUAAAUUGGAACAAGGCGAGUUUUGAUGGCAUUAGAAAAGAACAUAAUAAGGCUGAUUGGGUGAGAAUGUUCGCAGGUAAAGGGAUAUCUGGCAUGUAGGGGGAUUUUAGAAGUGAGAUGGGAAGAGUUCAAUGCCAAAAUACCUCGAAGGGCUGGCAGAAUUAUGGCAGACGGGAAAAGAGGGAAAUCAGGAUGGCAAAAAGAGGACAAGUGAUAGCUUUGGCAGAUAAGUUAAAGGAGGAUUUUUAAAUAUCCUCUAAGUAUAGAAGGGUAACUAGGGAAAUAAUAGUCCCCCUUAAGGAUCACUGUGGUGGUUUAUGUGUGGAGACACGGGAGUUGAGCGAGAUUUCAAAUCAAUACUUCUAGUCUGUAUUUUCCGUGAAACAAGUGAGUUCAGUGAAGAGAAUGACGAUUUCUUGAAACGAAUUCACUUUAGAAAAGAGGAUGUGAUGACGGUCCUAAAGCAGAUAAAGGUGGGUAAGUAUCCCGGCUUGAACAAGUGUAUUCUAGGACAUUGAGGGAAGCCAGUAAAAAAUUGCUGGAACCCUGGCAAAGACGUUUGUACUUUCGUCAGCCACGGGUAAGAUCCUGGUAGACUGGAGGGUGAAAAUGUUGUGCCUACA